AUCUCCUCUCACACCAGCUUCUCUGGUGCUGCUGCUAAACAUUUUGUAUACAUUUGUCUGCCCUCUUGCUUCUCCUUCUCUUUAAUCUUUUGGUGCUUGGGGCUCAUAAAUCCAUGCAGCUGGUGUGGUUCUAUGUUUUUUAAGUUUUGGGUCCCUUUCUUUCUGGUAAGCCCUGCUUCCUCUGUUGUCCUUUUGGUGCUACUCUGUCUCGCACUCUUUCUAUGGCUGUCAAUGCAUUCAAUACCUGGCUUUAAUCUACUGUACGCUUCUCCACAUGCCUCUUUGCUCUUCUACACCACCAGCCAUCAUCUAUUUAAUCUCUCAUCUUUCUCUCUCAUCCAUUAGCCUCCAAAACCGAGAGUUUGAACAAGUUAGGGAACAGAGCAGUCCCUUUCCUUCCAUUUUUUUUCCUUCUCUUUUCCUACACUCAUUCAAUCAUUUGGCUACUUCGGAUGGGUCGUUUUCUCCCCCGCAUCAAAACUUGGAGACCUGUUCACCUUGUCUUCACAGUGCUUCUUCUCCUGAGCUCCAACCAAGUAAACUAUUCGGCUGAAGGUAGAUCAUUGUUUAAGCUUUUAGAGGUUGCCAAGGGGAGAGGAGAAGAGGUGGUGAGGAUGAGAGCAUUGAUUGGAUCGACGCCGCCGAGAUGUGAGAGGAAAUGCACUUCAUGCGGCCACUGUGUGGCAGUUCAAGUGCCUGUAGUCCCACAAGACAAGAAUGGAUUUAGGCAUUUCUCCAAUACAAUCACUUCCAGAGGUGAUGACAGCUCCAACUACAAGCCCAUGAACUGGAAAUGCAAGUGUGGAAACAUGCUAUUAAAUCCAUAAGCAAGAGAAACAAGAGAGAAGCUGUAAUCUUUUCAAUUUGUGGAUAGAUACCUGAGAGGAAGUGAGAUUCUUUGAUCACUUUGUAGUGCUCAUGCUCUGUGCUCUUUGUUUGAGCGUAGAAAACACUCAUCUCCCACUCCACUCCCUUUCUGUAACCAUCAUCCCUUCCUCUUGUUUUGUUAUCAGAUGUGGCAGAUAUUAGUCAUCACUCCUUGUAAUUUCAACUAACCACUUUGGAAUUUUAUAAAGCGUUCUCAUCUACUCUGGCUGU